AUGAGUAAGAAGUGUGCGAGAGAGGAGUGCGGUAAAACAGUGUAUCCUCUCGAGGAGCUGAAGUGUCUCGAUAAGGUAUGGCACAAAGGAUGCUUCAGGUGCACAGUGUGUGGCAUGGCAUUGAACAUGAAAAACUAUAAGGGAUAUGACAAAAUGCCCUACUGUGAACCCCAUUAUCCAAAGACAGUGGCGUCAGUGGUCGUGGACACACCGGAAAUGAGGCGUUUGGCUGAAAAUACCAGAUUACAAAGUCAGAAAUCAAAAGGCCAUAAAAUCCAAGUGGCGGAUGAUCCAGAACUGGCUCGCCAUUUGCAAAACACAAAAAUCCAGUCUCAGGUCGCGUACCACGGAGAACAUGAUAAGAAAAAGCUGCAGGAUGAAAUUCGACCUCAAGCAGAACAGCAGGACUUCGCGAAUGGCGAAGGUUUCUCUUUUAUUACUUUUGAAUUUCUAAGUGAAAUGUUCGUAUGUCGUCCGGAAAUUUAGCA